GCUCUGGCACAGGAAGCAACAUCGCCAACGGGUUCAUGGAUGAUUAGUGGUGAUACCAGGCCAAAUUGUUACAAUUUGUGCCCUACCUAUGGAAGAAAACAGUACUGGAUGGGCAAUGCGGUUAUAGCUGACAUGGCCAUUUUCUUGCGGGGGUGCUGGCGAACCACUCAAGGAGGAGAGCAUAUAAGAAGAGGGAGUGAUUCAUGGUUAUGGUGGGGUGGCUUUCUACGCAGCAGCCACACAUAUUGAGAACAAGAUCAUUGUAGGGAAAUACUAACACCAGCACUUUGCUCGAUGCAUGUGACCGCAAUACGGUUACAUUUCGUGGAGAAUGUCCCAUGUGUGAGUAUGCUCUUCCCUGUUGAUGACGGAAUCAAGGACAGCUAUCUGAUGGAGCGAGUGGAUUGUGUUUGGGGGUGCCUUCGCAUUCCGCACAGCAGGUGCAUGUUUACAUAGGGUACGAUUUGAUAACCCCGGGCCAUCGGUAUUACAGCCGCAUACGUUGAGUGCAAUCUUUUUUGACACGGGCUUGCGUUGCGGACAAUCUUCUGGCAUCACGGAUAAUGUAUGUCAAUGACGAUUUUGACACGUCUUUGGAGAUCUAUUUGCGUCAGGUAGGAGCAAUGGAAGCAUAUGUGAAAUCUCUGUUUCAGCACAGUUUUCUGCUAUUCAGGUGGUGCAUUCAAAAUGAUGGCAUGCCAAUCCAGACAUCAGAAAGCGUAUUCACACAUACGGGGACGAGUACCUCGCCCUACACGGCCGAGCAGGAAGCAAAGGCCGCCGCCAUCCUCAAAGAGAGGAGAGAGAAGGAGGCCAAGAAGAAGGCCUUGCUGGAGGUGCACGCGGCGAAGUUGAAAAAGAUAGAGGAGGAGAUGGCUAGAGAGAAGGAGAGGCUGAAGAAAGAAGAAGAAGCGAAGUUAAAGGAAGUGGAAGAGGAAGGAGUAGUAGAAGAGGAACCACUGGAGAGGAGAGGAAGAGGAAACAGAGGGGAGUCUAGUGGACCCAACGAAGACUUGAUGGAGAAUAAAAUUUCAGAGUGGGUCGCAGGGCUGACCCUGGGAGAGGAUGAGGAGGCGUUAAUGUAUGUGCCCAGGGAUGAGCAGGAGGCGGCCGUGCGAGAGUGGGAAGCUGAAGGAGACCCACUCAAGCGGCAAGUGCUAGAAGAUGAGAAGAGGAUGGAGUGGAAGUUUCGCCUCACUAGGGAGAGGAAGAGAAGAAUGGAGGCGGCAACAGAGGCGGCGAAAGAGUUGGAAGAGAUUAGGAAGCAAAGGGAUCAGAUGGCGGUCCAAGUAGAUUUACUGGGGAAGGUAGAGAUCCUGACCAAGAACGUGGAACGCUUGGCAAAGGUCCAGGAGGAGCAGCUUUUAUUUGGGAGAGACCCCAUAGUAAGUAUCCUCGCGGACAAUCGCACCAUGCGAGUAGAGGAGUACGUAGAGGGAGUCCAUGCGUAUUUCCGCCUAGAAAAGGAUGGGAAGGUGGAGAAAGUUCUCCAUUCCCUGACUGUCCUCGUAGAGGAUAGCCUCCCGUUUGACAUAGUCCUAGGUAUGGACUGGGGAGAGGCAGCAAGGGCUACACUCCACUUGAGAGAGCAGGAGUGUAGGCUCCCUAGUCCAUCAGGCGGUGUCAAGACCGCCUGUCUGUUCCAUGCCUCAGGAGUAGAUAACUCCCUGGCGCAUUGCUGCCUUAGCGCUCCUGCGUUCGCAGGAUUAGUGAAAAAGGAGCAGCUAGAGGAACAGGUUUUUGUAGCCUAUGUUAGGCCAGUCAUCGAGCCUAAGGAAGAGAAACCUAUAGACCCUGCUAUUGCUAAACUGCUGGAAGAGUUCACAGACCUGGCGAAGUUGCCGACAGGAGUAGUACCGCGGCCUAUCCAGCACCGCAUUGAGAUUGAGCCUGGCAGUAGGACCCCCAAAGGAGCAAUGUAUAGGAUGUCUCCGCGGGAGUUAGAGGAGCUGCGCAAGCAACUAGACGAGCUCCUAGAGAAGGGUUGGAUUAGGCCCAAUUCGUCUCCAUUUGGAGCACUUGUUCUGUUUGUCCCCAAGAAGGAAGGAAAGCUUAUAAUGUGCAUAGACUAUAGGGGUCUGAAUGCUAUCACAGUCUUGGAGAAGCUGAGAGAAGCUAACUUCAAGAUCAAUGCAAAGAAGAGCGAAUGGGCAAAAACCCAAGUUUUGUAUUUGGGCCACGUCUUAGACGGAGACGGCAUCAAGCCAGAGGAUAGUAAGAUUGCAGCAAUCAGGGAUUGGCCUACACCGCGUACGUUGACAGAGUUGCGGUCAUUCUUAGACCUAGCGAACUAUUAUAGGAAGUUCGUAAGGAACUUCUCCACUAUCGCUGCGCCCCUUCGCAGGUUGCUAAGGAAAGAAACCAUCUGGAAGUGGGAUAAGGACUGCACGUCUGCAAUGAAGAAGUUGAAGCAGGCACUGAUAGAGUAUCCAGUCCUUAAGGUGGUCGAUCUGUCCUUGCCCUUUGUCGUCACUACGGACGCCAGUCAGUACGGCAUAGGUGUUGUUCUGCAGCAAGACGAUGGCAAUGGUUAUAGGCCCGUAGAGUUCAUGUCUGCUAGAAUGCCUUCAGAGAAGGUUGCGACAUCUACCUAUGAGAGGGAACUCUACGCUCUCAGGCAAGCGUUAGAACAUUGGAAUCACUACUUGCUUGGGAGGCACUUCAAAGUCUAUUCCGACCACGAGAUGUUAAGAUGGUUAAAGACACAGGCCAAGAUGACACCUAAGCUCACUAGGUGGGCCGCAAAAAUAGACCAGUAUGAUUUGGAGCUCAAGCCAGUCAAGGGGAAAUAUAAUGUAGUUGCGAACGCUUAGGAGAGCUGACUACUUUGGAGCAAUAGUUCACUAUCUGGACAUAGGGAGAGACCUGCAGGAAAGGGUUAAAGAGGCGUAUGCGCAGGACCCUAUCUAUAGUGACCUCCUCAAGAGAGUAAAGGAGGCCCCAGAAA